ACUGCUUGGUGACGUGUCUUCUCAAAAGAUGUGUAUAUACCUAUCUACAUACAAAUUUACUUCCUCUUUUCUUACAUUACGCAAGAUCAUAGGUGAUGAUAGGGCAAUGACACGACACGAUAUUAAAACAGAAAAGGAUAGCAACUUUUAAAAAUGGAAUGUAUCAAGGAGAUACUUCAUUGAACUAGAUUUUGAAAAGAGGGACUGCAGUUUACAGGAGAAGUAGAAGAGGAAAAAUGUCGAGAUCAUUAAAUAAAAUUUUGGACAUGAACGGACCAGACAACGAGGAUUAUUAUUCUAUUUUACAGCAUCAAAAAGUAAAUCAACAGAAAAAAGUGAUUUCAAGUUGGUUGCAGCUAUCGAUUUUGGAACAACAUUUUCAGGGUAUGCAUUUUCAUCAAAAGAUGACUACAAGAGCAAUCCUCUUCUAGUGUAUGCUAUGGUGUGGCCAAAUGAAGUCUACCAAGCAUCGAAAACAUCGACCACUAUUUUGUUAGAUGCAGACAAAAAGUUUCAUUCUUUUGGAUUUCAAGCUGAGACAGAUUAUGCGAGUCUUGCACAGGAUGACAAACACAGUGACUGGUAUUACUUUCGUAGAUUUAAAAUGGUCCUCUACGAGAACGUGAAUAUUGAUAUGGAUAUGAUGUUAAAAGAUGAAACCGGCAAAGAAAUGCUAGCAUUGGACGUGUUUUCUGCUGCUAUUAGAUAUCUAAAAACAAAUUUGUUAGACAUGUGUAAAAGACAACACUAUUUAUUCAAUGGAGAUCAAAUAAGAUGGAUUUUAACUGUUCCAGCAUUAUGGAAUGAUCGAGCUAAACUGUUUAUGAGACAGGCAGCUAACCAGGCAGGAAUAUCACAAGGUCAACUAGAGGUUGCACUUGAACCUGAGGCAGCAUCUCUUUACUGUAUUGAAUGGAUGAAAAGAGAAACCUCAUUUGACUUAGAAAAGGGAGAAAAAGUACUUGUCCUUGACGCUGGAGGAGGUACAGUUGAUAUUGCCAUCCAUCAGAUCAAAGAAAAUGGUCGGAUACAGGAACUUCACAGGGCAAACGGAGGUGACUGGGGUGGUACUAAGGUAGACCAAGAAUUCAAACAACUCCUGAUUGAUAUUGUUGGAAAUCAGGUUUUUGAAGAAUUCAAGUUAAAAUAUCAUAAUGAUUACAUGGAUUUGUUUAGAGAUUUUGAAGUAGCUAAACGCAGGGAUUUUUCUGUUGCAGCCACUGGAAAGGUGCCAAUUCGUCUUCCAGGUACAGUUAAUGAGCUCUGUAAGGAAAUAAACAAUAAAGGUAUAAAUGAGAUAGUUUCUAUUAACAAUACAUUUAUAAACCAUAUAGAACUGAAGCGGGAUAAACUGUUAAUUGAUAUUUCUAUAUUUAAAAAACUGUUUGAAAAGACCAUAAAUGAGAUAAAAAGACAUUUACAAGAACUGUACAAGAAAAGCGAUAUCAAAGGGAUAAGAACUAUAUUCAUGGUCGGCGGUUUCUCAUGUUGUCAUCUGCUAUACGACUGUAUCCAAAAGGAGUUUCCAUCUGUGCGCGUUAAAGUUCCAAUCGAUCCAGUUUUAGCCGUAAUUAAGGGUUCAGUGAUAUAUGGACAAAGACCGGAAAUAUUUUCAUCAAGAAUAAGUGUCUACACUUACGGUAUAGAGACUACCGAACCAUUUGAUAGAAAAGAACAUCCUGCUAGCAAGAAAAUGUCAGAAGCCAUUGAUGGAAAAUAUCAUUGUGAUAAAAUCUUUUGUAUUCAUGUAAAAGAAGGUGAGACUGUAACUCUAGGAAGCUCGGUACGUAAAACAUAUAAAACCAUUGACCCAAAUCAAACUGGCAUGGACUUUAAAUUAUAUGCCACGAAGAAGAACAAUCCGAAGUUUACAGAUGAGCCUGGAUCUUUCUACGUCGGGAAGUUGAAAGUAGAUCUAUCUAGAAUUAUACCGGGAAAGAAUAAAGCAAGAGAGGUUGAAGUUGAACUUAUCUAUGGCGGUACCGAAUUAGAAGCAGUUGCAAGAGACACAAAAGCUGGGAGGGAAUUCAGAGGAAAUUUUGUUCUUGGGUCAAGAACACGAAAAGUUUCUCAUAAAAAGGAAUAAAAAAACUUUAUUUUUAUUGCAUUACUCAACUGACGUUCAGAUAGCUUAAAAGACGUUAAAUCUUCUUGCCAAUAUGAUGAUAUUAAUCUAUACAUACAUGUAUAUGUAAUAGUUUCAUUAAUAUAUGUUCAAGAUAUCAUUAAUAUCGAGUAAUACAAUGAAAAUAUUGACUAGUAAAGACAUCUUGUAACUGA